UUUCAUAUUACCAUGGAAGAAGUGGAGUAUCUAAACAAGUCAAGCAAUACCAUUAAUAUUAUCCCUACUUCCAAUAAUAGACCCUUAAAACUUUUCGGAUUUAACGUUGACCAUUCCGAUUCGUUUAAAAUCUCUUCCGGUUCUUCAUCAGAAAGCCGGAAAUACGAGUGUCAGUAUUGUUACAGGGAAUUUGUUAACUCUCAAGCUCUUGGCGGCCAUCAAAACGCCCAUAAAAAAGAGAGACAACAACUCAAGAGAGCCCAAUUACAAGCCUCUCGAAACGCCAUGCAGAUGUCAUACACACGAAACCCUAUUGUCUCCUCCUUCGCACCGCCGCAUCACCUCCUAUCUCCGGCCGUCCCGAUGGCGGCGGCGGCGACGGCGACGACUCCGUCGUGGGUAUAUGUCCCUCGUUCUCCAGCCGUAGUCCCACCGUUUCAUGUGUCUCACGGUUGCGUGUUUCCACCUGCGACUAACGGAAUCGUGACCUACGGCGUCGGAGUUGAAUUGCCCGGGUUGGGUUUUACGGCGAGAUCUUCCACGGUGGAGGUAAGAGGUACGUCGUCGUCGUUAAGUAGGUUUUCUAAGGGGAAAGGUGGGCCCAUGUUUGAUGAAGCUGUCGGCUUGGAUUUGCAUUUAAGCCUUGCGCCAGCCGAGCCGUGAGGGUUUCGGGUCGGCUCAUAUUUUGGGUCAAAUGGUUUCAGAUAUGUAUUUAUUAUCCUGGAGGAAUAUAUUCUCAUUGACUGAGAAAGAAAUGUAUUUU